ACGGCAAGAAAAAGUGAAAAAAAAAAUUGAGAAGAGGUGGGCGAUCCUCACUGGCAGUUUGUGCGGUGAAACAGAGCCUCUCACAUCGACACAUCAAUAAAUCGACAAUUAAAAUUCAAAACGUUAAAAUAAUAUCUGAAUUCGGGGGUUUAACAAAGUGCGUGGGCCCUGGGCCGAGUGAUUUAGCGGCUCCACUCACCUUUUAACCGUUCAUUUUGUUUUUGUUUUGUUGUUUUUUUUUUUGUUCAUUUCCCAUCGAGUGGAGAGUGCCUCCAACGAUUUGACGAAAAAUGGCUGGCAAUACGGGAAUGGAGCAAUUGAUUCCAAUUGUUAAUAAACUUCAGGAUGCAUUUACUCAGCUCGGGGUGUCAAUGCAACUGGAUUUACCCCAAAUUGCUGUUGUCGGAGGACAAAGUGCGGGGAAAAGUUCGGUAUUGGAGAAUUUCGUUGGAAAGGAUUUCCUGCCGAGAGGAUCAGGCAUCGUCACCAGGAGGCCACUCAUUCUUCAACUCAUCAAUAGUAUGACUGAGCAUGCUGAGUUUCUUCACUGCAAAGGGAAAAAAUUUGUGGACUUUGACGAAGUUCGCCGAGAGAUUGAGGCAGAAACCGACAGAAUAACAGGAAGCAACAAAGGAAUAUCAAACAUCCCCAUAAACCUGAGAGUAUACUCACCAAAUGUUCUGAACCUGACCCUGAUUGACUUGCCUGGUCUCACCAAGGUGCCAAUUGGUGACCAGCCAGUGGACAUCGAAGCGCAGAUCAAGGGAAUGAUAUUUCAAUUCAUCAAAAAGGAUAAUUGUCUCAUUCUAGCUGUCACACCUGCUAAUACUGAUUUAGCUAAUAGCGAUGCACUCAAACUUGCCAAGGAGGUGGAUCCUGAGGGUGUCAGAACCAUCGGAGUUAUCACUAAACUGGAUCUCAUGGACGAGGGAACCGAUGCGAGGGAUAUUUUGGAGAAUAAAUUGUUGCCACUGCGUCGUGGGUACAUUGGAGUCGUUAAUAGAAGUCAGAAGGACAUUGAGGGACGAAAGGAUAUCAAGAAUGCCCUGGCAGCUGAGAGGAAGUUCUUCCUCAGCCAUCCAUCAUAUCGACACUUGGCUGACAGGCUCGGCACACCGUAUUUACAGCGUGUCCUCAAUCAGCAGCUGACGAAUCACAUAAGGGACACCUUACCAGCCCUGAGGGAUCGCCUCCAGAAGCAACAGCUGACCCUCGAGAAGGAUGUCGAACAGUACAAACACUUCAGGCCAGAUGAUCCUGCCAUCAAGACGAAAGCUAUGUUACAGAUGAUUCAACAGCUUCAGUCCGACUUCGAGAGGACUAUCGAAGGCUCUGGUUCAGCCCAGAUCAAUACCAACGAGCUGAGUGGUGGUGCUAAGAUAAAUCGAUUGUUCCACGAGAGAUUUCCUUUUGAAAUUGUCAAAAUGGAGUUUGACGAGAAGGAAUUGCGAAAAGAAAUUGCAUUUGCCAUCAGAAACAUUCAUGGUAUUAGAGUGGGACUUUUCACUCCUGACAUGGCAUUCGAGGCAAUUGUCAAAAAACAAAUAAACAGACUAAAGGAACCCAGUCUCAAGUGCACAGAUCUCGUAGUCCAGGAACUCAGCAAUGUCGUGCGCAUUUGCACCGAUCGAAUGUCACGUUACCCUCGAUUAAGGGAAGAAACCGAGCGGAUAAUAACCACCUACAUACGCCAACGUGAGCAAUUAUGUAAAGAGCAAUUGAUUCUCCUAGUGGAUUGCGAGCUUGCCUACAUGAACACCAAUCAUGAGGACUUCAUUGGUUUUGCCAACGCGGCGGCCAGUAUCUAUAAUUCAAGUGCUCAGCAGUCAUCGGAGAAUGCUGUCAAGGCUGGAAGACAUACCCUGGGUAAUCAGGUGAUCAGGAAGGGAUACAUGUGCAUUCACAAUCUUGGAAUCAUGAAGGGAGGCUCCAGGGAUUACUGGUUUGUCCUGACAUCAGAGAGCAUCUCCUGGUUCAAGGAUGAAGAGGAACGAGAGAAGAAAUAUAUGCUACCACUGGAUGGACUUAAGCUUCGGGACCUGGAGCAGGGCUUCAUGUCUCGUCGCCAUCUCUUUGCCCUUUUCAAUCCUGAAGGGAGAAAUGUUUACAAAGAUUAUAAACAACUCGAGCUGAGCUGCGAGACUCAGGACGACGUCGACUCCUGGAAGGCGUCAUUCCUCAGGGCUGGUGUUUACCCAGAGAAAUCUACAGAGCAAGCCAACGGAGAAGGCGAGGAUGAAAAACUCGGGGGGGGAUCUGAGGGUCAAUCCUCCAUGGAUCCACAGCUGGAGCGACAGGUGGAGACCAUCAGGAAUUUGGUUGACUCGUACAUGAAAAUUGUUACGAAAACAACCAGAGAUCUUGUUCCAAAGACUAUUAUGCAUCUUAUCAUCAAUAACGCCAAGGAGUUUAUCAAUGGAGAGCUGUUGGCACAUCUCUAUGCCAGUGGGGACCAAUCCUCGAUGAUGGAAGAGUCACCAGAGGAAGCCCAGAAACGCGAAGAGAUGCUGCGAAUGUAUCAUGCAUGCAAAGAGGCUCUCCGAAUUAUUGGAGAUGUCUCGAUGGCUACAGUGAGCACUCCAGUGCCACCACCAGUCAAAAAUGACUGGCUCGCGUCGGGUGAAAACCCCAGUUAUGGACUGUCUCCACCGUCACCUGGUGGACCAAGGAGAGGAGUGCAACAGCCACCGGUGCCCACAGGUGGUCGUGCACCACCUCCAGUACCAGCUGGUGGCAGACCAGCUCCAGCUAUUCCAAACCGACCUGGACCUGGUGCUCCACCAUCAGCACGUGGAACCCCUGGCCUUCCACCUCCCCUCAUUCCAUCUCGAGGGGGUAUACAACAGAGAGUGACCCAAGCAGCAACACAAGCAGCUGCUAAUGCCGCAGUCAACGAGCUCAUGGAUGCAUUCAGGAUCAAGCGACCAGUACCCACUAUUCCCCCCCGAAUCCCCGACAGACCGUACACUGGACGUUUGAACUGAGUGACGACAGUGCACCCUAGUUUAAUCCCUUAAAAGAAAAAGAAAAUAAAUUGAAUUCGUCACGGGGAGUUUUCCUGGAUCCAUUGAAACUGGAGGAAUACGUUGAGGAUGAUGAUCCUGGGGUGAUGCUGACGAAGAUGAUGGAGAACUCGAGGAAAUACUGAGGAAUCGAGGAGAAAUUCAAAGACUGCGAGACAAUUCCCCUCCCUUGAGGUUCGUAGUUCACUAUUUGUUAUUGAAGAUUUUUUACCCACUCCUGAGAUCAUCUGGAUGCUCCAGAUGAUGAUGUGCGAGCACUAGAGGACAUGGCGCGAUCUUCGAACUGGUGAACGCUUUUUUGAACAUUUUUUUGAGAUUUUUCUUUCACUGUGAGAGAGUCAAGUGGAAUUAUCUGGGAAACGCGUGGCUUCACGGAAAAAUAGUAUUUUAUAUUUUUUGUGGGGAAUUUCUUAAGCUACAAUAAAUUCUUAUGCCAUUUUUUCGUGACACCACUUGUUGACGAGAUAAUGACGGGAGAUGUAACGGAGUGGGAGAUAUCGAGUCAUUUUUUCGUGUUCUAUCACUUCACUGUUGCCUUUAAUGAUUAGUCGACCAUAAUUUGAUGUAAGAUAAUGACAGAUGACUCAGUUAGGAUAGGACGAAUCCCCUGGGUGCAGUGAACAUGUGAUUAUUUCUAGUGCUCUUGCAGUCAUUACAAAAUUUAUGAUUAAUUAAUAAUCAGUAUUAGAGGGUUUAUUAUUAAUUUUCGACUUGAUGAGAACAAUUUGCCUGGAUUUUUUGCACUGAGACAAAUUUAUGUGAAUAAUCCCAAAAUAUUCGACUAUUUUUUGUAAAUAUUUUUUGUUGAAAAUUGGGAAAAUCGAGAAAAUCCACUCAGAGAGGAGCAAUUAUUUCCUCUGUGUUAUCUUCCUCGCAAAAUUAUAAAUUGUAAUAAUUCAUCACGAUUUUUCCUCAGUGCGAGAGAUUAAAUUAUUCUAGCACCGAAUGUGAUAGUGCGAAAUUUUAAUUUCCCAAUUAUGUUAAAUACCGAUAAAUCUUGAUAAUUAUCCAUCCCACCCGAAAUAAUCAUGAAACCUUUCUUGUUGAGAAUUUAAUCAGCUUGAAAAAAGUCCUCUAACAUUUUCCCCUCAAAUCGAUAAUUAUCGAGAAAAAUCAGUAAUUAACAGACUGUUGAAUUCAAAUUUUGCAACUUAUCAAUUUUGCUGCUGAUUUUAUAAAAAAUUCAUGAAAAACGAAAUGAAAUUGAAAACCUAAUUACCUCUAACUAAUGAAUAACGUCAGGAGAUAGGUCCCCAGUAAUUAAAAUUUGUAUAAUUUUUUUCAAAUUUAAUUUAUUAAUAAUCGCGUAAUUAGUGUAUUGCAAUGAAUAUUUAGUGGAGUUGCUGCAAUGAGUUCAGUGCGAUGACUCGACGGUGUACAUUAAUUUCCUAUUGGAAAGAUGCUUGCAACUUGUAAAUGAAUUUCUAACUAAUUAAGAAGGACAAAAUGAUAAUUGUUAGUAUUAACGUUUAGGAAUGGAGACGUCGAUGGCAAUUUUUUUUUUUUUUUGUAUUAAAGUUU